GAUGGCUGCAAGAAGUUUUCGAAGUGCCACUCAUCAUCCAACUCACGGAUGAUGAGAAGGCGAUGUGGAAAGACAUCAAGAUAGAAGACGCCCGCCAGAUGGCGUACAACAAUGCGAAAGACAUCAUUGCAGUCGGAUUUGACCUGAAAAAUACAUUUAUUUUUAACGAUCUAGACUUUAUUGGUAAAUGUCCAGCGUUCUACCAAAACAUGGUCCGCAUCCAGAAGUGCGUGACCUUCAACCAGGCGAAGGGUAUCUUCGGCUUUGGAGAGAGUGACGUCAUUGGCAAGAUCACCUUCCCGUCAAUAGAGGCUGCACCUGCGUUCUCCACUACCUUCCCUUUUAUAUUCGGGAAUAAAGUGUUCCCCUGCCUCAUCCCAUGCGCCAUCGACCAAGACCCGUACUUCCGUAUGACGCGCGAUGUCGCGCCGCGUCUCAAGCUGCCCAAACCGGCGCUACUACACUCCACCUUUUUACCGGCGUUGCAAGGCGCACAGCACAAGAUGUCGGCAAGCGACCCCAACGCGUCGAUAUUCUUGAACGACACGCCCAAACAGAUUAAGAAUAAGGUAAGCUAA